UACUCGAAGUCCUUUUAUCGUUUCUCUGUGAUGCGGCUCUAGGGAUCUGCGCUCGGUCGUGUUUUCUGAAUGCUGAAUCUGAGUUGGUGGUUAGGAUGCGUGGGUGCGAGGGGAGGUGGUUUCCGCUUUUGGAGAACUGAUGUCAUUGUGAGAGAGGGGUGAUGUACCAACGAACACAUUCCAUUACAUCUACAACCUACUCUACUCUACGGUGGAGUAGUUCUCAAGGAAUAAUCCCACUCACUUUACUUUAACUUCAAUACCGUCCCGCCUACUGCUACUCCGAAGACUCACAACACAAUCGAUUGAUCAAUUUCACGACAUCUAUCUGAGCAAACAAGGCCAUGGCACCACCCGCGAAAGACGAAGUUCUCUCCAAGCAAGGCGAGCCCAUCCAAGAAGGCGACCACGUGUAUACCAAGAUCCGCGGCGGACGGCACGAAGGCGACGUCGAGAAGAUCGUGACGACGAAGGAAGAAGCCGACCAGGAAGGCGUCAAGAACCCGCCCAAGGUGCUGUUCACGGAUCAGCGGGGGAAGGAUGUUGCGCAUAAUCCGGGGACGCUGGAUGUGGUUGAUAAGUGAGGAGAGAGCAGUUAAUACUCCGACUGACUGCAUGGGCGGGAGACCCUUAGUGAUGUAAUGAAUUAG